UUUGAAUCGUACUGCUAAAGGAACGGAGUAAAAUGUAAAAUGUAAAAUUUAACGUUUCUAUCGGGCGUAAUAAUUUUAUAAUAAUAGCAUGACAAGAGGCAUGCUUUUAGUCUCUUUAAAAUUACCUUUUAAAUAAUGUUUAUCUGUCGUAAUGUAAGAAAUGCGUUCGUAACAAUGUUAACAAAAAACUAUCAUUUAAGAAUCAAUAUACCGACGUUACUUGUUACACUUUCUUUUCUUUUCUUAUGCGUACAUUAUUUAUCAUCCGCAAAGUGUUCGUCCAGCGAUCAAAUGAUCCAAGAUAAAUCCAAAUUCAGGCUAAUAAUAUUAAUUCUAACGAGUCCAGAAAAUUUGGAGCAAAGGGAUACUGUUAGGAAAACGUGGCUUUCCGAAAAACAUGCAUCGGUAAAGCAUCUUUUUGCAGUGGGAACAUUGAAUGUUCUACCCGAACAAAGAGAUACGUUACUGUCCGAGAAACAAAAAUUUAAUGAUUUACUUUUGUUACCGAAGUUGCAAGAUUCUUAUAGAACUUUGACGAAGAAACUUCUGUACUCUCUUAAAGAGAUUUAUGAGUAUUACGAUUUUGAUUAUUUACUUAAAUGCGACGACGACACAUUCGUUCUUGUACAUAAAAUAUUAAGAGAAUUAGACAAAUGGCAAAAUAAAAGUACAAAGAGAGAAUUGUAUUGGGGUUUCUUCAAUGGAAAAGCACAAGUGAAAAGGAGCGGACCAUGGAAAGAAAUGGAUUGGAUCUUAUGCGAUUACUAUUUGCCAUAUGCGUUAGGCGGUGGAUAUAUUUUGUCAUAUAAUCUUAUCCAGUUCAUUAUUAGUAAUAUGGAAAUUCUUAAACUGCACAAUUCAGAAGAUGUCUCUGUUGGAUUAUGGCUUGCACCAUUAGCAAAUAUAGAAAGAAAGCAUGACGUACGCUUUGAUACAGAAUAUAGAUCACGUGGUUGUUCUAAUCAAUACAUAGUUAUGCAUAAGCAAACCAUACGAAAUAUGAGAAAUAUGUAUGAAUAUUAUCAAACUUCUGGAGCACUUUGUCCUAAAGAAAUUAGAAAUCGUAUGAGUUACAGAUAUAAUUGGACUGUACCACCUAGUCAGUGUUGCACUAGACAAACAGGAAUUCCUUAAUAUAAUAAGCAUUCCUAUUAUUCUAUAUUCUAUUCUAGUCCCUUAAAAUUAUCUUUUCAAACUUUGCUUUGCUAAUGAUGUAUUAUACAUAUAUAUAUAUAGAUAAAUCAACUCAGUUUGUGAUAUUACUGUUAUAUGUAAUUUGAUACCUAAUUAAAGUUUGAGAAAUACAUUAUUAGUAUUUCUUAAUAUGAUUCAGCUACUUUUAUAGCGAGAUUAUAUCUGUACAUAGAUGUUGUAAAUAUUUUGUAAUGGAGGACUAAUAAUGGAAAAUUACUAUUUAUGUAAGUCAAAUAUAUUUUUCUUGAUUAUGCAUAA